AUGGAUCCCUACUGGGACGAAAUCAGCUUCGCUCCGAAGCCUCGUACGCCUGCUCCAGAGGAAGAGUUCAGCCAGUACUUCUCCGAAUACAAGAACUUCGAUAACCUUUUCAAUGAAGCAUUGACCACCCUCCAGGACUUGGAUGUGCCUUCGGGGCCUGUCCAGCCUGCCCACAUACCGCAUGGGUUGACAUCUCCAUUUAAACACUCCAAGAAGCCCAGUGGUACUGCCAUCUUUGGCUAUGCUGACCAUAACAGAGAGCUUUCGAUCAAUGGCAUGAAUAAUGAGUUUCUCAAGCACCUGAGGGUGCCGCUGGAGGCUACAACGUCGAUACUGCCGGUGCAGCUAGCCAGGAAGAAGGCUCCGCCACCCAUGUCUAAUGAUCACCUAGAUUUCAACUUUUCGCAGCCAUUAGAGGCAUGUAAGCCUAUUCACAUUAAUGAAGACGAUGAGUAUAACGAGGUGAAACCGCCUAAGCAGAAAGAAGACGACUUCAUUGUCACUGGAGCAACACCUAAACAGUACAAGUUUCCUCCUGACCCUGAAGACGAGGACUUUGCGCUUGACUACUUGAAGAAGAUGCCCUCGGUGAGCCAGCCUAUCCAUAUUCUGGCCAAAGAAGGCGCCGAACCAUAUCCAGAGGAAAUUGAGUCUCUUCUAGAAAGCAGUCCUCUGCGAAAGCCCAAGUAUGUGCCAAUUCCUGUUAACCAGCCGGCGGCUCCAAGACGUAAGAGCCCUCUUCGUGGUCCUCAAGACCACCACCAGCAUCAUCCUGACAUAGACCCUAACUUGGACAUGGACAUGAACAUGAACAUGAAUAUGAACAUGAACGUUUACCUUCCGCCGCCAGGAAGCCAGACCGAUAGCGUCAAUGACUACUCGUCGCCUGAACCUGCCAGUCCUGCUCUACCGCAGGCUCAUAUCAACCACAUGUACCUGUCACCGCAACGAAUGGCUCCACCGCAGGCGCCUUCAGUUAACAGUCUGCCUUUUAACAAUAAGAAGAAUUUCUGUAAUCCACAGUUCUUCUCUGACGGCACUGAAAACUCUGAAAACUACUACCUGGAGCCUUCUGUCAAGUCGCUGCCUUUCCAGUCACUGCCAUUCCGUAAUACCACGGAACCAAGAUCGCUUAAAUCGUCUCCUCUAAGGCAAAACCGUACUGCUAACGAUACUUGUCCUGACGAAACGGUUACUGACGUGAACGAGACAAUUGUCCAGCUUACGCCUCUUAAAAACUCCACUACUCCAUUUACGCCCAGCAAGAACAAGAUUACCCUCGAAUGGAGUCCAAUUAUCUCGCCAAACUCCAAGGCCACGUCUGAUGUACGUAAAGCCAUCCAAGAGCUUUCUCCUAAAAAAGUCAUCAAAAAGACUUCUCUUCUUCCACCUGGUGAGCUCGACAGAUACUGGGUGGGCCCUGAUGAAGAUAAGAUCUUUACUUGUACCUACGAAGGAUGCAACAAGAAGUUCACAAGAAGAUACAAUGUUCGUUCUCAUAUCCAGACUCACUUGAGUGAUCGUCCUUUCACUUGCAGCUACUGUCCUAAGUCAUUUGUUCGUCAACAUGAUCUUAACAGACAUAUCAAGUCACAUUUGGUAACAAAGCAUUGUAAAUGCAGCUGUGGUAAGGAGUUUACUCGUGUGGAGGGCUACAAAAGGCAUUUGGCCAAGGGCAUUUGCCAGAAAGGCACAGAGACUGAUUUGGGUGGUUCUUCCAAGGGCAUUUCAAAACCAAGUCCUACUAAGCUUAGACGUGGUGAAGCUGUCUUGGAUGGACUCACUUCUAACCGUCUUAAUGAGGACCUAGGGUUCAAACAGGAACAUUAG